UUGUUUGCGUUGCGUCCAAUGGUUGCGUCUGCCUGUCUACCUGCCAUUUGCCAACCUAACGCCAAGUUCUUUGUCGUGGUCACGUGGUAAUUUUCCUUGUGGCUUGUGGAUAUUUCUAUAAUAAUAUUUGCCAGUUUUAGUGUUUAAAAUGAAUAUUUUUUGUGUCUUCAUAAAUUUUUUUAAUGCUAUGUCUUCUCCCCUAUGUUUAAUAUCCAGUGAAUCCCAAAGAGUGUCUUGAGUAAUACUUAGUCUCAGCAAUUUGUUAAUAGCAUUAGUUAAAUUUUGUAUAUAUAUUUAAUUUCCAAUGUCGAAGCACAAUACCUUCUGAGGCAAUCUUAUCUUUCUGCUCAAGAUAAUACUAUUCAGUAGUUCAGCCAACGUCACCCGUCUCAUACAUAAAUUGGUUUACUCUGCAUUUGGGAAUAUUUGGAUAUUUUAUCAAUAUGGCUUCUGACCCAGAAAUCAAAGGAGGAAUAUCGCUCCCAGUUUGGAUGAAAUCGAGGCCCACAAAGGAGUUCGAGCCAUUUGCGGCUUCCCCACCCGACGAUAUAUUCUACAUUCGUUAUCCGAAGACCGACAUUCUCUUCGGGAAGCCCAAACUCGACCAGGACUUUGCCAAAUCUCUGUCUGCGGAGACUAAGGAAGUGGGAGCUGCGCCGUCGUACAGCACCGUGAAGGAUAGGGACUGGUCGAAGCACACGAAGCCCUGCCAGGACGUCUUGCAUGGCAUCACGCCAAUCAACACAGCUGUGAAUUCCAUUACCAAGCCGAAACCAGCGGGAGUGGAUGAUGGGUUCAAAGGCGAGGGCGCGGCUUGUGGCACUUCUGUUGUCAAGGUCGCUCAUCAGAUGAUAACCAAGGGUGCUUCGCCCCGGGGGUUUACAGUCGCGUCGCCCGAAGAGGACGACACGUUGCCUGCAGCGCCGCCGACCGCCGAGAGUCGUUAUAUGUUAUCAGCGCGCCGCGGCAGUAAAAGUCUGCCCACCACUCCUGCACAUUCGCCCAACUCCAGCCCCACAAGCCGUCGCAAGAUGAUUGGCAAUCGAUACUUCACAUCCCCGUUCGAGCCGACAGCCGACGGCUCCAACCGGUCAUGGCUGACCAUGGCUCUGCUUGGCUUCAAGAAAGAUCUGAACGCUUCUACGUCCACCUUGGCCGAGGAAGACGCGGGGGAGCUCCGAUUGAAAGGUACUCUCGCAGAAUCCGUCGAGAGCUUAGGCCCAGCGCCGAGAGACGCCCAACCGAAGUUGGUACCCAACGAGCCCUCCACACAACAACCCAAACUCGUGAAACCUUCGCACACCUUACGCCCCAAGCCUAACGAACUCAGGGAGAUGAACUUCUGGUCUCCCACGUCCAUGUGAAUGAACAUACACGCUUCCUUACUGCGUGUUGAUAUCGAAUCUUGUUGACUGACGAAGUGUACGGAGUUGGUCCUUCUUAAGCCCUUUAUAAGGCAUGUGUAAAAAUAUAUUUUAUUCUCUCUUCAAUUGAAUGUACGUUGUAGCGACAUAUCGGUGUAUUGGUAUUGAAUCUUGUUUAUUAACGAAGUAUGUUUUAAUCCUUCCACUUCUUUAAGUGUGUUUCAAUCUCUUAAUUUAAUGUGCGGUAAGCGACACUUCGAUGUAUUGGUAUCGAAUCUUGGUAUCUGACGAAAAAAGGCAUGUAUUAAAAGUUAAUUUAGUGUAUGUAUAUCAUAAGCGACACUUCUGUGUAUAAGUAUCGAAAACACAUAAUAGCCAAACCACAACACACAACACACAACAAACAUGACUACAAAGAAGCUAAACCAGAAAAAAGUAAAGAUAAAAGAAGAAAAAUAUAAGCCCAGUCCAGAGUAGACUUGUCGUGAAGCCCUUUUCCAGGCAUGUGUAAAAAUAUUUGUAUUCUCUCUUUAAUUAACUGGUAAGCGAUUAGAACAACAAUAAAAUUAUAAGUUACCAUAAGCAUAUUAUAGUUAAUGUAUUGUGUUUUUAUUAGCUUGCCCUAAUUAAGAGAUUCCAUUUUAUAGAUAUGAGAUUAAAGUUCACGAAUAAAAGCCGCACUGAUCUGAAGGAGAACUUUCGGUCCUACAAUGUUCAUUUUGAUAUUAUCCAACAGAGUAGAGAUGAGUAAGGGACGGGAGACAAGAUAUUUUUGAUAAGCGAUACAAGUUGAUUUAUUAUGUUUAAUUUCAUUUUGAGUAUGGGAUUGUUUGAAACUGCAUUUUUACAUUUAUUUUGAAUACUACUUAAUAGGCGUAAGGCCAUUUUUUACAUCGUCGUGUAUAUAAGAGAUAAGUUAAAUAGAUGCAGUUUUAAAGAUAUUUGUCUGUAUUUAAAUGAAAAGGUAUAUAAUAGAUUUUUGUGUCGAUUAAACUAUAGUACAAUCGGUUGAAUGUUUAUUCCAUUAAUUGUAGGAGAUUAUUGAUUUAUAAAAGUGUAAUUCUAUCAUCUUUAUUCACUUAAGUACAAAUUGCAUGAUACCAAACAUUUGCAUGGUAGUAACAUUAUUAUAUAUUUCAUUAUAUUAUUAAGUAGGCAUUGAUCAUAUUUGUAGUUUUAUGUUAAAAAUUACAAGUGUAACCUAAUGGCCUAGUAUAAUGUGGAUUAUAAUGAUAGUUUAGCUACGUGAGAAUGCAUGUUUGCUGAAGAAAACUGUGUGAUAAUUGAAAAAGUUACAUUAAGUCUCUUUAAUUAAAGUAUUAUCUAUUUUCUGAAAUUAUUGAUAUUAUAAAUCUAUUUUUACUUUGAUUUUAUUCUGAGCAGAAAUCAUAAAAUUGUAUGAACUCGGUUUACUAACCUAAAAUAUUUUUUAAGUCUUACAACAUAUUUUAUGAAUUAAUAAAUAUUGUUGUAUUAUA